GUUCAUCUAGAAGGAGAGUAGGAAUGUUGUGCGGGGUAUAAAAACAGUGAUGGGAGCCCUGCUACAGCACAGCUUCACAGCAGCUGCCACACACAGCACCCUGCCCUACUGGAAACAUAUAUGCCUGGACCACAUCGCACAAAGAUGGCUGGUUGAAAGCAGACAGUGGGUUCUUACAAAUUUGCUCUGACUAACCACACACCAGAUAAACAGGAUAUUCCCAAGAAUAUCUCCAGUUUCUAUAGUGCCUUAACGCAAGAACUUGCAUCCGCAUUCCAGUCAAAGCAAGAGCAGCAGCCACUGAUGGCCAACCCAGAUCCAGAGGUGUCAGUGGGCGGGGAGCAGAAGGCGGCUCAGGGGGAAAACGCUGAGGCUGGGAAGUCUGCAGUCCACACCUGCCAACAGAAGGCCAAGGCCCGGAUGCUACUGUUACUGUCCUACAUCUCAGGAGACAUGGAGGUGUUUGCAGAGUGGAUGAAAAAACAGUUCUUCCUACUCCAGCUGCUAGACUGGGUUCUCCGUGGUGCUGCCCAGGUCAUGUUUGUCAACAAUCCUCUGAGUGGCCUAGUGAUCUUUGCUGGGCUGAUCCUGCAGAACCGCUGGUGGGCUCUCAACGGCUUCGUGGGCACACUCUUCGCCACAAUCUCUGCCCUCAUACUGCAACAGAGCAGGGGUGCGAUUGCAGCGGGGCUGUAUGGUUACAAUGGGAUCUUGGUGGGGCUGCUGAUGGCCGUGUUCUCUAAUGCUGGAGAGUGGUACUGGUGGCUCCUACUGCCCAACAUUGUCAUGUCUAUGACCUGCCCUAUAGUGUCCAGUGCAUUGGCGUCCAUUAACAGUCGUUGGGACCUGCCAGUGUUUACUCUUCCCUUCAACAUCCUGGUAUGUCUCCACAUGGUGGCUACUGGCCACUACAACCACCACUUCCCUCAAGUCCUCAUCCAGCCGCGCACAGAACUAGCCAACAUCACCUGGGCUGAGGUCAACGUAGCUAAGCUGUUCACAGCUGUGCCAGUAGGUAUAGGCCAGGUGUAUGGGUGUGAUAACCCCUGGACAGGAGGAAUCUUCAUGGUCGCUCUCUUCAUUUCCUCUCCCAUCACCUGUGCUCACGCUACCAUUGGAUCCGCAGUUGGCAUGGUCUCAGGUCUGGCCCUGGCAGCUCCAUUUGAGGCGAUCUACUUCGGUCUGUGGGGGUAUAACUGUGUUCUAGCUUGUAUCGCUAUUGGAGGGAUGUUCUACGCUCUCACCUGGCAGGUACACCUGCUGGCAAUCACCUGUGCUUUCUUCUGUGCAUAUCUGGGCUCAGCCAUCGCUAAUGUCAUGUCCACAUUUGGCCUGCCAGCCUGCACCUGGCCCUUCUGUCUCUCCGCCCUCACCUUCCUUCUGUUUACCACGGAAACCAACACCAUAUUCAAGCUGCCGCUGGCUAACGUGGCCUACCCAGAGAGGAACCUGCGCUUCUUCUGGAAGCUCCGAAAGAAGGAGAAGCUGGAGAGAGAGGAGAAGGAAAGAGAUGAGGAAAAGUGGAGGGCAAAGGAGCAGGAGCUGUUAGGUAACGAUAAAGAGGUGCUGAGGAUGGAGAGAAUGGAUGGCAAAGAGAAGGGUGAUGGGAUGGAAGGCAAGAUUCAGGAGGAAGAGAUGAUGGAGGUGGCCUUGGGUGAAGUGAGCAGCAUGGCAGAAAAUGUCUGAGCUCAUCAACAGACUCCAGAUGUUUUACUAUGUACAUAGAGUAGCAGAGACUCAGGUGAUGAAGGACAGAUGGUGUUGUGUGUGUUUGUAGACGGUGUCUGAAGUGUUCGUUUUAGCGUUAUACAUACUGUAUGUAACUUAUCUUAUUGUUUAUUACUUCUGAAAAAUGCCCAAAGCUCAGGUAACUAGCCCUCAGGUAACUAGCCCUCAGGUAACUAAUCCUCAGGUAACUAGCCCUCAGGUAACUAGCACUCAGGUAACUAGCACUCAGGUAGGGCUACAGUAGGUCAUUCCGGUGUAUGGUAUUAUAUCUAACUUUGCUAUACAGGGGAUAUUACCACAGUUAUGUACUUUCAUACUUACUUGGUUUGAGUUCGAAUAAAAGUCUAUUUUUCUAACAAAA